UGCUCUCUUACGUGCUCUCCUAUUAUAUGUUUGUAUGUUUUUCCGCAUUAUAGGCCUUGGAUGCAACUUUUUAUUUUGGCGCCGAAUAUUACUUCUCUUUCUCUGUAUCUGGAUAUAAACUGAAUUAAAAAAAUAAAAAAAAAUAAAAAAGAAAGGAGCUUUGAUAAUGCUCAUCCUUCUCUUUCCAUGGAGUCCUUAGGUUUUCAUCUUCCUCAAUUCUCAGAGGAUUUAGUUUGGCUUCCUUGUUGGCUUCAGCAGCAUCAGUUAGAACCACUCAAUGAGUGUAUUAAUGAAACUCUAGAUCAUUCCAAGUCAACAUCAGAGGAUUUUGCAUUGUCUCAAGGAAACAUCAGCUGCAGAGAGGAUUCACUUUUUUCCGCAACGAAAGAAGGUAGACAUAAUGGCUGCCAUUUAUUCUUAUCUGGGGAAGACAAUUCGCCUAUUAGUUUUGCUUCAUCUUGUGGAAAUGUGCUUCAGUUUCGACUUCAUCUCUCAUCAGAUGGAUAUAUGCAGUACAGUGAAACUCAAUCAUUGGCUUCAAAUGCAUAUGAAGCCAUUCUCAAUUCCAAUAGAGUUCUGUCAGCGGAAAAACUUGAAACUUCAGAUGCUUUUAGAGAGAAAACUUUGUCUAAAAUGAACAAUGAAGAUUGUGGUGUAAAUAUCCUUCCUCUAAAUUUCAUACCAGAACCUGUGGGGAAAUCUGUCACGCAGUCUCCUUCCAAUCACAAGGAUUCAACAUGGCAUUACCGGGAAAGGUUCAGUCUCAAGUAUCUCAAAGGUGCUAAUAUCAACACGGCAGUUGAACUCUCUACUGCAGCAUCCGAAGCAUUGGUUAUACAUGAAAUAAUGAAGAGUGACUCAGAAGCAUUGGAAGCAGCAGAUGUACUUGAAGUUGCCCUUCGGGUAAAGCAAGCACGGUUACAAUGUUUAGAUGAUGCCAUUUAUUGCUCGAGUGAGGAAACUGACAAGAAUGAUUCUCUUUCAGACUUGGAUGAUUCCACAAUGGCAGAUGCUUUUGAAGAUGUAGGAUUACCUUUCAGUGUUUAUGAUCGGUGUAUUGGUAGUUCAUCAAUUUCUCGGGUCAAUGAGACUCCUGUCUCCCAAAAUCACCACGAAUAUGAAAAUAAUUUUAGUAACUUAAAGCUUUCAGUGCAGCAAAUCAAUUUUGAUAAUGUUGCUACAGAGAAACAGUUGGAAGAGGAUUUUAAUUUAGAUGUGGUAUGUAGAAAGGAUUCGGCUUCAGAAUCUCUCAAGCAAAAGAUAGUUUCUGGUAGUCCAGUUUUAUUUUCAACUACCUCCAACAUGGCAAUCUACAAUGAUCCUCCAGCAACAAAAAGUCCACAUGUGAUGCAAAAGACAGUUGACUUCACCAGGGUGAAUAUAACUUCAUGUCAACCUCAAACCAAUGAAGAUUCUUGUUUGCAUCCUUCAAAUUUACAGAAUUCCGGAGAAGAUAGGGAAACUUAUCUAGUUGAAAGAUUCAGAAGCCGAUGGUUAGGUGGUUGGGCAGCUGUGGUAGCUGAUGAUACUGCAAAGUUAAAACAGAAUACUCAUAGAAGUGUCCCAAAGGCUUUUGCUGCUGAGACGAGCUUUCUCACAGAAUCUGCAGAUGUUGUCCCAGAUGAGAACUCUUUUGUGCACACACGUGAAACACAGGUCCAUGGGGAGUCACAGUCUAAUAUACCCUUUGAAGGUUUACAUGACGAAGCUGUUGAAGUAAUAUUGCAUUCUCAAGAUGUGGUGAGAUCAUCUAAUUUAUCGCUGGUCGAUCCUCUCUGUUCAGUUGUUCCAUGCAGUAUUCCUUCAGAAAAUGUCAGUUGUACUAUACCUCAGAACCUGAAUUAUAUGGAAACUGAUUCUCGGAAAUGCUGUAGUCCUGCAACAGAACUUGAGAUGGAGAAUUCACCCAGGAGCACAACUGCAAAUACUGAAUUUCAAGGCCCAGUCCGCAGGCGGUUUACUUCACUCAAGACAUAUAGCAUGCUUGUUCCAGAACAUGUUGCUACUAUAAAUGGGGGUAGCCUUUACCAUAACCAAUCAUUUCUAUCAGACUUCAAAUGGGAGCAGCUUUCCUUCAACAAGAAUAUGGGCUGCAUUAGAUCUUGUGACAAAAGGACCUGUAAAGAUACCCAACAUUGCAGUUCUAUGUCAAAGUAUACUGCAGGAAUACAUAAUGAGGAAAAUUGUGAUAAUUUGGAAAAUGGGAUCACAGUUGAGAGGAUCAAAAAUCAGAAGAAAUCUGAUCAUGAAACUUCUGGAGAAGGAAGUGAGUUUCUGGAAAAAGAGCAACCUCCUAUUUUAAAUUCUAGGAUGUGUUGUUGCCUGCAGGCUUGCAUACCUUCUUUGUACAAUUCCAUAGGAGAGAAACAUCCCAAAGAGGCAUCAAUACCAGAAAAUGUACUCAAACUUCAAAAGAAUCAGAAACUUACAAAGAUACAUUCUGACUGUGAGAGUUCACAUGAUGGAUGCAUACCGUCUUUGAACAAUUUCAUAGAAGAUAAGCAUCCCAAAGAGGCAUCAAUGCCAGAAAAUGUACUCAAACUUCAAAAGAAUCACAAACUUAGAAAGAGACAGUCUAACUGUGAGGGUUCACAUGAUGGACAUGUUCCAGCUGAAAAGAGAGCUCGUUUUACUGAAGCAGACACCCAGAUUAAGCAGAACAAAAUCCUCCAAAAGCUAGAUUCUUCAAAAACAAAUUGUCCAACUGGAAGAACUAGUAAAAAGCUGAAGUACUCUGAGAAAUGGUUAAAUCAUCGUAGCCAUAAAAAAAGUCUCCGAAAUUGUUGCUUUAAGAUUGGAAAGAGAUUGAUAUUUCAAGGUAUAGAAUUCCUGCUGACAGGAUUUUCUAGCGAGAAGGAAAAGGACAUUGAAGAACAAAUACGUAAACAUGGUGGUAUUAUUCUCUCUGAUAUUCCUUCUCCAAAUUCAAAGGGAAAAAGGUGCUCAAGAUCUAGUUUGUACCAGCUGCCUGUUAUAUUAUGUCUGAAAAAGCUACAAACUACCAAGUUCUUGUAUGGAUGCUCGGUGAACGCCUUCAUACUAAAAGUUGAUUGGGUUACUGAGUCAAUAAGAGCAGGUUAUGUUCUACUGCCUGAGAAGUACAUGAUUUUAUCAAGUCGAGAUGCACAGGCUACAAGCAUUGUCGAGUCAGUUCAUCACAAAAACAAUAAUUAUAUUUUUGACAGAGUGGGGAUAGUGCUUCAUGGCAAGCCUAAUUUCUGCACCAAAUUGGCAAUAAUUAUCAAGCAUGGGGGUGGGCAGGUGUUUAAAGCCCUCCACUGGUUGGUCAACAGACUGGACAAGGAAAAGAUUUCUUUGGGAGUUAUUGUUGCUGAGGACGAGAAUCGGGCAUCACGCCACUUGAGGCAGUGUGCGCUUGAAUGGAAAAUACCAAUGAUGCCAACUAGCUGGAUCAUAAAGAGUUUAUAUUUGGGUAAACUCCUUCCUUGUGUAGAUGAAGGACCUUUUUCAUCAUUGAAAGGACCUAAGAAGGGGAAACUACUUCCAGUUUCCACUGAAAUGAGUGAAGAAAUAUAAAUUAGUAUUUCUUACAGCCGCCGAGGAAGGAUGUAAAUAUGUAAAUGAUUUAUUCUUUCAUGCAUAAUGUUGACCAUUUUAAGGGUUGACUUUGCAUUAAUUUAUCGAAUACAUUUUAUCAUGUAUCAUAUUGUUAUAAUUCAGAGUUUAAUAUAGCGGACCUAAUUAUUUUGUC